AUGGUGUCCACGUCCACAUCGCCUCACGUCCUGAUCAUAGGCGCAGGAAUCACAGGCCUUGUUCUCGCACAGGCGUUGCGUAAACACGGAGUGUCCUUCGCCAUCUACGAACGAGAUCCCGAUCCGCUGCACCGCGGCAAAGGCUGGGGGCUGACGAUCCAUUGGUCUCUUGAUGCCUUUCUUCGGCUUUUACCACAGCACCUGCUCGAUCGGCUGCCAGAGACUUACGUCGACCCGGAAGCUGUUGCAAAAGGGGAGAAUGGUAACUUCCUACUGUUUGACCUUAGGACCGGAGAGACUAAGUGGAAGGUUCCUCCGGCAAAGAGGAUGAGAGUGUCAAGAGAGCGGUUGCGUAGGUUGUUGAUGGAUGGAAUUGAUGUUCAGUGGAACAAAUCUAUUUCCAGUAUCAGUCAGGUAUCAGAGUCAGUUGUACGCUGUCACUUUUCAGAUGAUUCUACUGCCGAAGGAACCUUGCUAGUAGGGUGUGAUGGCUCUCGAUCAAAGACUCGCGCUUUGCUAUGUUCGUUGGCUGAAAAUGAAACUCCAGCAAUGCCUGAGAACUAUCAACUCCCCGUCCGCUUGGUCGGGGUAAGUGCUGCGUUGCCGUCACGAAUUGCACUUAAGAUGAGAGCCCUGGAUCCGUUCUUCUUGCAGGCUGGUGACCCAGCUACCAGCAACUUCUUCUGGUUCUCAUUCCUUGACACCCCGGCUAAUAAUGACCGCAAGGACCGUGAUACGUAUGAGUGUCAGAUAUUGAUUAGCUGGCCGUACCGUAAGGAUGGCUCUAACAACAUAGAGAUUCCAGCUGAGAACGUUGACAGGAUAAAACUCAUGCACUCCUUGGCUGAUGGAUGGGUAGAGCCGUUCCGUGAGGUCGUGCAGAGUAUCCCAGAAGAAACAGAACCCAAGGUCAUCUCCUUGGAGGACUGGCCGACUCCACCAAGGGGUUCAUGGAGCAAUCUUGGUGGCACAGCAACUCUCGUUGGCGACUCUGCCCAUGCGAUGACGAUGUUUCGCGGGGAAGCAGGGAAUCAUGGCAUUCUCGAUGUGUCUAACUUGAUAGAUGCGUUACUUCCUGUUCUUACAUCCUCGCCACACUCUCCCGCAAAGACGCAGAAGGAAGUGAUCAACGAGUAUGAAGAUGAGAUGACUGCGCGUACCAGGCCAGCCGUUCUUCGGAGCCGCAAAGCGUGCCUUGAUGCCCACGACUACCCUUCGAUAACGGCUGACUCUCCACUUGUUGCUCGAAGAGGGGCGUUCGAAGAUGAUGAUCUAGAAUACCUUCUCACCUAG